AUGGAGUGGAGGAUGGUCGGAGAGUGGAGCAGGAUAUUCAGUAUCGGAGCGGUCGGAUCAGUAACAGCGCACCUUUCGAGAAACAAGGCCAAGGUCCCUCAGCCACUCAAGAGGACAUAUGCACUCUACAUGGAGAAUGACAAAGAAUCAGACAAUGACCAACCACUGCAAGGUAUUGACAAUGUCCUUGCAAGCAUCCAUGCCCGCUACCCAGCUAUGGAGUUUCUGCAGUAUGCGGAUAAGCCUGAAGGAUCGUGGCAUACUUUAUCUGGUGACAGCAGCACAUUUCAGUAUUCAAUUUGA